AUGAAGGAAGGCUGCUUGCCGGUGUGCAAGCUCAUCCCCGACAUCGUGGGCUACACUCCCAGUGGUCGAGCUGCCUCCGCAGAAGCGCUGUUAUGUGGCUUCCCUUGUCAAGGGGUGUCACAAGCUGGCGACCAGAGAGGGCUGAAUGAUGACCGGAGCGGGCUCAUCAAGGAGGCCUUCAGAGUCUAUGACACUCUGGGGAAUGGGAAAGUCAUGCUCAUCGAGAACGUUGGGGCAUUGCUGCACAAGACCCCAGCCUGCCGAAAGCUUGUCAGCUACAUUCUUCAGGCCGUGGGGUCGUCCUCAUUGCAAUGCACCACUGCAUGCCACACUAAUUUUGAUGUGGUUUUUCAGGCUUGCAAGAAAAGGGGCCUCACAGUGCUGUGGUGCUGUGUGACCCUAGCCAACGUGGGCUUGAGUGUGGCCACCUCAGGAUUCAAGUUGGGGUUGUGUUUCCGUCAGUGCUGCCAAAUCAAAACCAAACCUUGCAUAAUAUUAGGCCACUCGCCGGCGGGUGUUUAUGCUGGCGAUCAAGAUGGACGUGGCCCGCGACUGUAUCAAGGCGCCGAACGUAUCAGUGACAACAAGCUUUAUGCUGAAGAGCCGCGUUGUAAUAUGCUCUUCUUAUAG